GAAAACCCUAGGUAGCUUCAACCCUCCCCAAUACAAACCAGGAUCCAGAGAAUCGAAACUUGUUGGAUGUCAACGAGUGUGACGUUGAAUCUCAAUCGAAGCUUGGUUCGUACCUCCCUCAAUGUCUUCCCGCAGAUUUACCCCUGCUCCAAGUGAUGGCAGUGGCAGUUCUUCGUCAAGUUCGAAGAAGAAGAAGGUGAAGAAGCUGGAUGGCAGAUGCUUCUGUGGAAGAGACUUUGCGUUGAUGGAGUCUGGCACCGUUACGAACCCUAAUCGAUGGUUCAUCAGAUGUCCUCUAUGGGCGACAAGAGACUGCAAAUACUUUGUAUGGGUUGAUGAAAUCGAAGAAGGAUGGGAGGGCAUAGCAAGAUGUUUGGCCAGAAGACAGUCAGGGAGUUCUUAUCCAAGGCAUGAUGAUGGGCUCAUUGUCACUGAAGUUGGGGAAAAUCACGAAGCAUCAUCAAUCCUGGCGACAGGGAUAGAGAAACUUAGGGUUGAAAUUAGGGGUGAAAUUAGGGGUAUUAGAGUGUUGCUUGUAUGGAUAGCCUUGGCUGUUGCAUUUUGUUUGAUAUUUCUGCUGUAUUUCUUUCUGAAAAUGUAAAAUUUGUAUGGAACUAGGGUCUUUGUAAAUCAUGAGACUAUGAAUGUGUUUCCUGUUUUUGACAUACACAGUUUGAUUCUGUUGCUGCCCUGUUACUUCUAUAUGAGAACUGUUAUUGGUACUCAGUUGGAUAUAUAUGCACAUGCAAGUAUAUUUUCUACUAAAAGAAUCAGAAUUAAGCUCAAUAUGUGACAUAGAGACCUGAUGGUUGUGGGGAUGAAGUAUAAAAGCAUG